GCCAUUUUGGUUUUUUAGGAAGGAUUUCUAACAAAAUAUACUGCUCAAAUUCCAAUUGAAUUUCAAUCAUUUUACACGUCUUAACAAAGAUCUAGGACGGAUGAAACAUGGCUAAUAGCUUGCUGAAGUCAACAACGUUCUUUAAUGCUGCCAGGCCAUGUCAUCUUGGACUAAGGUUGCUGAGCAAUGGAGCAAAUGAGGAGACACGCACAUUUGGGAAUAUGAAGGAUGAAGACAGAAUUUUCACAAAUCUCUACGGUAGACAUGAUUGGAAACUUGAUGGAGCCAAGAAAAGAGGUGACUGGUAUAAGACCAAGGAGAUAUUGCUAAAAGGCUCUAAUUGGAUUCUUGAUGAGAUUAAAAAGUCUGGAUUAAGAGGAAGAGGAGGAGCUGGAUUUCCAACUGGGAUGAAAUGGGGUUUUAUGAAUAAACCAUCAGAUGGAAGACCAAAGUACUUGGUUGUGAACGCAGAUGAGGGUGAACCAGGAACUUGUAAAGAUCGUGAAAUAAUGAGACAUGAUCCGCACAAGUUGGUUGAAGGAUGUCUGGUCGCUGGUGCUUCAAUGGGCGCUCGAGCAGCUUAUAUUUAUAUCCGGGGUGAGUUCUACAACGAAGCAUCGAACAUGCAGGUUGCAAUAAACGAGGCGUAUAAAGCUGGCUUGAUUGGAAAGAACGCGUGCAAUAGUGGAUUUGAUUUUGAUAUCUACAUGCACAGAGGCGCUGGUGCAUACAUAUGUGGCGAAGAAACGGCAUUGAUUGAAAGCUUGGAGGGAAAGCAAGGAAAGCCAAGGUUAAAGCCUCCGUUUCCUGCUGAUGUUGGCGUAUUUGGCUGUCCAACAACCGUAGCAAAUGUUGAAACUGUCGCCGUUGCUCCUGUGAUUUGCAGACGAGGGGGUGAGUGGUUCGCUGCGUUUGGACGACCACGAAACACUGGUACAAAGUUAUUCAAUAUUUCUGGUCACGUCAAUAAUCCGACGACAGUUGAAGAGGAAAUGUCUGUCCCUUUGAAAGACCUGAUUGAAAGACACGCCGGCGGAGUUUUAGGUGGUUGGGACAAUCUGCUUGCUGUGAUACCAGGAGGAAGUUCAACACCACUCAUCCCAAAACACGUUUGCGAGGAUGUUUUAAUGGACUUUGAUGCGUUAGUCGAGGCAGAGACAGGCCUGGGUACAGCUGCUGUUAUAGUUAUGAAUAAGCAGACGGAUAUCGUGAAAGCGAUUGCUCGCUUACUAGCGUUUUAUCAACACGAAAGCUGUGGUCAGUGCACGCCGUGCCGAGAGGGAUGUGGUUGGAUGACUAAGAUGAUGUACAGAUUUGCAAGCGGCAACGCUAAACCUUCAGAAAUCGAUAUGCUUUGGGAAAUUAGUAAACAAAUCGAGGGUCAUACCAUUUGUGCGUUAGGUGAUGGAGCCGCGUGGCCAGCUCAGGGUCUAAUACGUCAUUUCCGGCCAGAGCUGGAACGCAGGAUGCUGGAGUACGAAGAAUCUGAGAAGGUGGCUGCAGUUGCUUAGUGUCAGCGGUAUAUCGUUACAUAAUUAUAUUCCAUUUCUCUAAAGGAAAGAGUGUUUCAUUGAACAUGCAAGAUCUUUAUGACAUGACAUGGCUGAGUGUAAAUAUAUUUUAAAAUAAAGAAUGUAUUUUAUAUGCUGCGA